CACACUUUCUUUCUUCAGUAACAUACAUAGCCCUUGGGCCAUCUGGUGGCUAGAGGCUAAGCUAGAAUCUAGAAUCCAGCUCCUGGGCCAAGUUAAGGAAGAUAGAUCACAGUGAGCUGAACAGUGAGGUCACAGAGAGGUUUGUUUGCCCCAGACUCCAUGGGGGAGGGGCUUAGGAGGGAGAGGGGCCCCAGAGGUCCCCCAAGCCCAGGCAGGGACAUGGUGUGGGAAAGACAGCAACGGGGACAGGGCCCUGGAGAGAUGAGGGCAGGAGAAGGGAGGGGCUGGUCAGGAUGGUGAGGAGAAACUGGAGACAGAAGCCGCAAAUAUUGACUGGGCUGUGCACAUGGGAGGAGGGGCGCAGGGUAAAGCGGACCUGCCCUUCUUGUGGCCCAGAGCCUAGAGGUGAAGAAAAGAAGGGGAGAGGGAACCCUAUUUCUGUUCAGUUGUUCCCCCCAGAGCUGGUGGAACACAUCAUUUCAUUUCUUCCAGUCAGAGAUGUGGUCGCCCUUGGCCAGACGUGCCGCUACUUCCACGAAGUGUGCGACGCUGAGGGCGUGUGGAGACGCAUCUGCCGCCGGCUCAGUCCGCGCCUCCGAGAGCAGAGUUCUGGGGUCCGGCCCUGGAAGAGAGCUGCCAUUCUGAACUACACCAAGGGCCUGUAUUUCCAAGCAUUUGGAGGCCGCCGCCGAUGUCUCAGCAAGAGUGUGGCACCCCUGCUAGCCCAUGGCUACCGCCGCUUCUUGCCUACGAAGGACCAUGUGUUCAUCCUUGACUACGUAGGAACUCUCUUCUUCCUCAAAAAUGCCCUGGUCUCCUCCACCCUUGGCCAGAUCCAGUGGAAACGGGCCUGCCACUACGUUGUGUUGUGUCGAGGAGCCAAAGAUUUUGCUUCAGACCCAAGGUGUGACACUGUUUACCGUAAAUACCUGUACGUCUUGGCUACUCGUGAGCAGCCAGCUGUGGUAGGCUCAACUGGCAGCCAAGCCUGUGACUGUGUUGAGGUCUACCUGCAGUCCAGUGGGCAGAGAGUCUUCAAGAUGACAUUCCACCACUCCAUGAGCUUCAAACAGAUUGUGCUGGUUGGUCAGGAGACCCAUCGUGCCCUACUGCUGCUCACAGAGGAAGGAAAGAUCUACUCUCUGGUAGUGAACGAGACGCAGCUGGACCAGCCACGUUCCUACACAGUCCAGCUGGCACUCAGGAAGGUGUCUCGCUGCCUGCCCCACCUGCGGGUAACCUGCAUGGCUUCCAACCAGAGCAGCACCCUCUACAUCACCGACCAGGGGGGAGUAUAUUUUGAGGUGCACACCCCAGGGGUGUAUCGUGAUCUCUUUGGGACCCUUCAAGCCUUUGAUCCCCUGGACCAGCAGAUGCCGCUUGCUCUUUCACUGCCUGCCAAGAUCCUAUUCUGUGCUCUUGGCUACAAUCACGUUGGCCUGGUGGAUGAAUUUGGCCGAAUUUUUAUGCAGGGAAAUAAUAGAUAUGGGCAGCUGGGGACAGGGGACAAGAUGGACCGAGGAGAACCCACCCAGGUACAUUACCUGCAGCGCCCCAUUGCCCUGUGGUGCGGCCUCAACCAUUCCCUGGUGCUGAGCCAGGGCUUGGACUUCAGCAAGGAGCUGCUGGGCUGUGGCUGCGGGGCCGGAGGCCGCCUCCCCGGUUGGCCAAAAGGAAGUGCCUCCUUCGUCAAGCUCCAUGUCAAGGUCCCCCUGUGUGCCUGUUCUCUCUGCUCUACCCGGGAAUGCCUCUACAUGCUGGCCAGCCAUGACAUCGAGCACGGCCCUGCCUAUCGGGACCUACCACCUAGCAAGGCAGUGGGGAGCCCGGAGCCAAGCCUGGGGGCUGGAGCUCUACAGGACCCCGGGGGGACAGCCCGGGCCUGUGAGGAGUACCUCAGCCAGAUCCACAGGUGCCCUACAUUGCAGGACCGCAUGGAGAAGAUGAAGGAGAUCGUGGGAUGGAUGCCCUUGAUGGCGGCACAGAAGGACUUCUUCUGGGAGGCCCUGGACAUGCUGCAGAGGGCUGCUGGCGGGGCUGUGUCAGACCCCUCGACCCCCGAGAGCUGACCCCCUCCCUAAGCCUCAGCCCUGGAGGAGAGAUGGUGCGGUAGCAUGGACACUGUGGGUGCCUGUGGGAAGGGGCUACGGGGUGGGAGGGGUUGGAGAUGGGGACUCUUUUGUAAAAGGUUCAGGGGCUGCCCAGCCUGACUAUCAUGGACAAGAGAUUUGAUGGACAAAUAGAAUAAAAGGCUGAAGUGAGGCCUGCUUUGGAGCCCUGGGGCCUGGAAGGAUGGGGGUAGGAGAUGGGGGUACAAUGACUGUCCCAGUGGAUGAAGGAGCACUCAGGCUCUUAGAUGAGUGCUGAGCCCCCCA